UCUCUUUAUAUAUAUACAUAUAUAUCUAUAUAUCUAUACAUUUUCUCACCAAUCUCAUAUAUAUCUCCCCUUAUACUUACUGUUACGUAGCCAUAACAAAAACCAGUAUCAGCAAGACGCCUUCUGUUCUGCUCCGUCUCGGAGAGAUACCUUUCGGUAUAUAAAUUUAUUUUCUUUCCCUUUUCCAUCUCGGUGAGAACAAUGAGGGAAAAUGGAGAAGCGUCGAAUGGUGAAAGUAAAGGCAAUGGCAAUUAUGGGAAUAAGAAGAAAGGAUCGGAGGAGAUUACUACGUCUUCUACGCAGAAGGUGGCAUUCUAUAAGCUGUUUGCGUUUGCUGACAGAAAGGAUGUCGUUUUGAUGGUGGUGGGAACGAUCUGCGCUAUUGCUAACGGACUCUCGCAGCCGCUGAUGACUCUUAUUUUCGGCCAACUCAUCAACUCCUUCGGCACAGCUGUUCCUUCCCGUGUCGUUCAUGAAGUCUCUAAGAUGGCAGUGAAGUUUCUGUAUUUGGCUGUGGGAACAGGCAUAGCUUCACUUUUACAGGUGUCAUGUUGGAUGGUAACUGGAGAAAGACAGGCUGCUAGAAUUCGAGGGUUGUACUUGAAAACAAUAUUGAGGCAAGACAUUGCGUUCUUUGACACUGAAACAUCAACUGGAGAAGUCAUUGGGAGAAUGUCUGGAGAUACAAUCCUGAUUCAAGAUGCCAUGGGAGAAAAGGUGGGGAAGUUCAUACAACUUAUGUCAGCAUUUUUCGGAGGCUUUGUAAUUGCUUUUAUAAAAGGAUGGCUUCUAGCUCUAGUUUUGCUUUCAUGCAUUCCUGCUGUAGUAAUUGUUGGUGGAAUCAUGUCUAUGAUGAUGACAAAAAUGUCAAGCCGAGGACAAAUUGCUUAUGCAGAUGCAGGAAAUGUUGUAGAGCAGACUGUUGGAGCCAUUAGAACAGUUGCAUCCUUCACUGGGGAGAAGCGAGCUAUAGAAAAGUAUAAUAGCAAGCUCCAAGUUGCGUAUGCUGCUGCUGCUGCUCAAGGACUGGCCUCAGGCAUUGGACUUGGUUCACUCACCCUCAUUGUCUUUGGCACUUAUGGACUUGCUGUUUGGUAUGGAUCCAAAUUGAUCAUUGAGAAAGGAUAUAACGGAGGAAUGGUCAUCAAUGUUAUAAUGGCUAUCAUGACUGGAGGAAUGUCAUUGGGUCAAACAUCUCCCAGUGUGAAUGCUUUUGCAGCAGGACAGGCUGCUGCAUACAAGAUGUUCGAAACAAUAAAGCGCAAACCAAGCAUCGAUGCAUAUGACACCAGAGGGAUAACACUGGAAAACAUCGAGGGUGAUAUUGAACUGAAAGAUGUUUAUUUUAGAUACCCUGCUAGACCAGAAGUGCAGAUUUUUGCAGGGUUCUCAUUGUUUGUUCCAAGUGGUACAACAGCAGCUUUAGUUGGGCAAAGUGGAAGUGGGAAAUCAACAGUCAUCAGCCUUCUGGAGAGAUUCUAUGAUCCUGAAGCUGGGGAAGUACUUAUAGACGGUAUUGAUUUAAAGAAGUUGCAGCUCAGAUGGAUUAGGGAGAAGAUUGGUUUAGUUAGUCAGGAACCUAUUCUUUUUGCAACAAGUAUAAAGGAGAACAUAGCAUAUGGGAAAGAAAAUGCAAGUAAUCAAGAUAUUAGAACAGCAAUAGAGCUCGCUAAUGCUGCUAAAUUCAUUGACAAGCUGCCCCAGGGGCUUGACACAAUGGUGGGUGAGCAUGGAACUCAGCUAUCAGGUGGACAAAAGCAAAGAAUUGCGAUUGCGAGGGCCAUUUUAAAAAAUCCAAGAAUUCUUCUGCUUGAUGAGGCUACAAGUGCUCUGGAUGCUGAGUCUGAACGCAUUGUCCAAGAUGCAUUGGAUAAAGUUAUGACAAAUCGGACGACUGUGGUUGUUGCUCAUCGCUUGACAACUAUCAGGAAUGCUGACAUGAUUGCAGUGGUGCAUCAGGGAAAAAUUGUGGAGAAAGGAACUCAUGAGGAAUUAAUCCAACAUCCUGAUGGGGCUUACUCCCAGCUGGUUAGCCUGCAAGAAGGAGCUAAAGAAGGUGAAGAAGCCCGAAUCACUGAUGCAGAUAAGUUAGAUACAAGUUUUGACAUCAUAGAUAAGGCCGUGUCAAGGUCUGGAAGCCAUAGAGUAUCUAUGAGAAGAUCGGUUAGUAGAGGUUCAUCAAGUAGUCGACACUCCUUUGGUUUUAGCUACGGUGUUCCUGGCCCAGUUGAUGUGUAUGAGACCAAUGAAGAUGUGGAAGACAGAAAUGAAAGAUCUGCAAAGGCAAAUGACAAGCGACAGAAAGUUUCAAUCAGGAGACUGGCCUAUUUGAACAAACCUGAGAUUCCAGUUUUGUUGAUUGGAUCACUAGGCGCGGUUGUACAUGGCGUACUCUUUCCAGUAUUUGGUCUUUUACUCUCAUCAUCCAUUGAGAUGUUCUAUGAACCGCCACAUGAGCUACGUAAACAUUCCAGAUUUUGGGCUCUUUUGUACUUGAGUUUGGGAGCUAUUACUUUAAUAGCUUUACCAAUACAAAGUUACUUCUUUGGAGUUGCUGGAGGUAAAUUGAUUCAACGAAUCCGUGCAUUGACAUUUGAGAAAGUUGUGCACCAGCAAAUCAGCUGGUUUGAUGAUCCUGCAAAUUCAAGUGGUGCAAUUGGCGCAAGGUUAUCAACUGAUGCUUCCCAAGUUCGGAGUAUAGUUGGUGACACAUUGGCCCUAAUGGUCCAGAAUAUAGCCACAAUAACAGCAGGGCUAAUCAUAGCCUUCACUGCAAACUGGAUUUUGGCAUUUAUAAUUUUAGCAGUAUCUCCAUUUUUGUUAAUUCAAGGAUAUCUUCAAACAAAGUUUAUGAAGGGCUUCAGCGCAGACGCCAAGCUGAUGUAUGAGGAAGCAAGUCAAGUGGCCAAUGAUGCUGUUGGGAGCAUCAGAACUGUUGCCUCAUUCUGCGCAGAAAAGAAGGUGAUGGAUUUGUACCAGAAGAAAUGCGAUGCCCCCAUGAAACAGGGAGUCCGCCUAGGACUAGUAAGUGGUGGAGGUUUCGGCUUUUCUUUCUUUGCACUCUACUGCACAAACGCAUUCUGCUUCUACGUUGGAUCAAUACUUGUGCGGGAGGACUUAGCAACAUUCGGGGAAGUCUUUAAGGUUUUCUUUGCAUUGACAAUUUCAGCUCUUGGUGUCUCUCAGUCUAGUGCUUUGGCUCCAGACACAGCCAAAGCUAAGGAUUCAGCAGCUUCUAUAUAUGAAAUUCUUGACAGCAAGACCGAAAUUGACUCAAGCAGCAACGAGGGCAUGACACCCUCAAGCAUACAUGGUGAUAUUGAAUUUGAACAUGUCAGUUUCAAAUACCCAACAAGGCCUGAUGUUCAAAUUUUUCGAGAUUUGUUCUUGAGCAUCCCAUCUGGAAAGACUGUUGCUCUUGUUGGAGAGAGUGGCAGUGGAAAGUCCACUGUAAUAAGCCUUAUAGAGAGAUUUUAUGACCCUGAUUCUGGCCAUAUAUUCCUGGACAAUGUAGACAUAAAGAAAUUAAAAAUAAGCUGGUUGAGGCAACAGAUGGGAUUGGUGAGUCAAGAGCCAAUACUCUUCAAUGAAACCAUCCGCAUGAACAUUGCCUAUGGCAAACAUGGAGAAGCUUCUGAAGAAGAGAUCAUUGCAGCAACAAAAGCUGCAAAUGCCCACAACUUCAUAGCUGCAUUGCCAAAUGGCUACGACACCAAUGUAGGCGAACGAGGAGUGCAACUGUCAGGAGGCCAGAAGCAAAGGAUUGCCAUAGCAAGAGCCAUACUCAAGAAUCCUAAAAUUCUCCUGCUUGAUGAGGCCACGAGUGCAUUGGACGCAGAAUCAGAACGCGUGGUUCAAGAUGCAUUAGACAGUGUGAUGGUGAAUAGAACAACAGUAGUUGUUGCGCAUCGCCUCACAACAAUAAAAAAUGCAGAUAUAAUUGCAGUAGUGAAGAAUGGUGUGAUAGCAGAGAAGGGAAGGCAUGAAACACUGAUGAAAAUCACUGAUGGGGCUUACGCAUCCUUAGUAGCACUGCACAUGACUGCAGCAUAAAGAAUAUGAAUGAAGUAAUGGCCUCACCAUUGUCCUUAAAGGGCCUGUUUACCAGAGAGGAAUUCACAAUUUGAUCAAGCUCUUCUAAAAUUACAAGCUAAAGCAACCUGGAAGAGGAAAUGUGAAUAGCGGUUGAAAGUACCAUAAACUCAAUGAGUUCCCAUGUCAAGUAUUAUAUGAUAUAGUUAGUGAACAUUCCUAUAGUGUGAAAGGUUCCCAUGCAUAUUGAUUUUUCCUUUUUACCAUGUUGAUUUUCUUUAUUCAUUUACAGAAUUUCUUUCAAGAUGCC